UUUAUUACCCCAAAGCUUGGACGCCUCAUUUAUCAGUGAUCUCACUACAGGAUCUAUCUGUUUCCACUUUCACCUGCACCAGGGCGCACGCAGCUGACUCUUUUACCAAAUAACCUGCUCGACUGAAAACAGGUGGUGCUGAGAAAAUGAGGAGAGGUUUGCUGCUGGUGACUCUGUUCCUCGUCAUGAAACUUCGAUACAGCCAGUCCAGAUGCGAGGAGCCCGGAUCGCGCAGAUCAACUUCAGAUACUGCAGGUCUGGACAACAUCAAGAGGAACAUUCUGAAGAGGUACAGCGAUUUGGACUAUGACAGCUUUGUGGGUCUGAUGGGCAGAAGAAGUGCCGAUGGAAACGCUGUACAGUCACCACAAAAACGGGAAAUGAAUGACAUUUUUGUUGGUCUCAUGGGAAGGAGAAACUCAGAGUCUGAUAAUGGCCCCUGGAGGAGAGAGUAUCCAGAAAGGAGAGGCAUUUUUCUCAACAAGUGCAGGCUGAGGUUUCUACAGGGGCUGUAGACACUACAUACUGAAGCAGCUCUCAUCACAAAACAAUGACAGAAGACCACAGAGAACACCAACAAUGAACUAGAUGUCUGAUGGAAAUGACUGAAUGAUAACGAUUCACAUUGUAAACCUGCCAGGUGGCUUACGAAAGUGACCAUAAACUACACAGA